GGUAGGGAGGCGCUCGCGCUUGUAUCGCCGCCACUGCCGGUGCUUGCGGUAACAGAAGAGGCCCAUGGCAAUGGCAAUAAGGAGCGCGAUGCCGCCAAAGACGCCGCCCGUAAUGAUGGUGGGUUGGAGCCCGUCUCGCUCAGUAGUGGCCCAGGAUGGGUUUCUUGUUGUCGCAUUGUCGAUCGCGGACGAAGUGUCCAUCGAGCAAGGUAGUGGAGGGAAUUCUCUCCAAACUGAAUGGUGUUCGGGGACUGACAUGUCAACGGUGCGGUGGUCAUCCUCUCGUCACACGUGUUGGGCGUCGGGUGGAGCGUCACGAGUGAAGUGUUUCCAUGAGCGAGCGUAACCGAGGGCGCGUCCUAAUGACCUCGCCAGACUGGUUCUCUUACACCUCCAUACCUCUACUGCUUCUCUGCUCCCUGCAUCUCUCGCCCUCUCUCGUCCUCCCCUCCCUCCUCGUCAUCGUCAUCGUCAUCAUCGUCGUCCUCCUCCCAUCCGCUACUCUCGUCCUCGGUUCUCCUGUCACUCUUGGGUGGCGCGAGAUGCCCGUGGUCCGGCUCGAACGGGAUAGGGGGCACGACCCACACGUGAGGCGAGCUAGGCGAUGUGAGGACGACGGUGGGGAGGUCGGCGCGCAUCCUGCGUCGGCGCCGGAACCUGAGCACGAGAAGAACGGCGAUAGUGAGGAUGGCGAGGGACCCGAGGACUGUGCCGGUGAUGAGGCCGAUGCGGACGCGGUGAGCGGCGCGGGCGGCCGCAAGCGAGAUGUGCGCGUCGGGGGGUCGCGAUGGCGAACGGCGCGCAGGCGUCAAGGGCAUGGUGUUAUGCGGAGAGAGGUGGUGUAGCUCAUGUAAUAUGGCGACUGGAGACGAGAGAGCUGGUAGAGACGGCCGCAAGCUACAUGUACCUCGGUUAGAGGGGCGUGUUUCGGCGGCCGCGUAGUGCUUAGUAGCCCCCUGUGCUCUCCUCGUGAGAAAGCUCUGAACUUCUGGUAUGGACUCUAUCGAGA